AUGCAAGUUAAACAAGUCAUUGUAUGGGUUGAAGCAGAUCCUACUGCAUAUAGGAGGUUGGUUGGGAAGUUGAACUUUCUCACUAACACCAGAUUGGACAUAGCAUAUGGGGUCCAACACCUUAGUCAAUUCAUGCAAGAACCAAGAGACACUCACAUGAAAGCUGUUUUUCAUUUCAUAAGGUAUCUAAAAGGUGAUCCUACUCUAGGACUUUUCAUGUCCCAAGAUCCAGAUUGUACUGUUAGGGCAUACUGUGAUUCAGAUUGGGCAUCUUGCCUUGAUUCCAGAAGAUCAGUGAGUGGCUAUUUGGUGCUAUUAGGAGCAAGUCCCAUCAGCUGA